AUGGAGGCCAGGACAUCAGCCAAUAACUCCCUCUACGCUGUCCGUCUACAGUCCCAGAUGUUGCAGUGGAGAAGUCUGGCAGAUGUGGCAGGACACAUAACAUCUGUACAGCUGGAGCCUGAGCCCAGUGUGACUCACACCGAGGUCUUGGCUAGCGAUGCUGACAGUGGUGGUUACGGUGAGGUGCGGUACUCUCUGAGCUCGGGGCCGGGGGGGCUGAGCCCCACGCAGUUCAGCAUUGAUGAGAGGACGGGGGAGAUCUGCACCACGCGCAGCCUGGACAGGGACGAGGAGACCAGCGUAUACCAUCUCACCGUCACCGCCGUGGACGGGGGUGGGCUGAGGUCCGAGGCCUCUGUGAAGGUGUACGUGGACGACGUGAAUGAUAACCGGCCAAUCUUCUACCCUCUGGGGUACGCGGUUAGCCUGAGCACGCAGAGCCUGCCAGGCACCGCCGUGCUAACCGUCACCGCACAGGACAAGGACGGCGGCAACAACGGCAGAGUCACGUACCGCAUCGUGACCGGCAACGAUCCCCCGCUCUUCACCCUCAACCCAAACACCGGAUUGUUGUCUCUGGCUGGCUCUCUGCAGGGCCGAGGUAACAGCGUGUGGUGUUUGGGGAUAUCGGCGCGGGAUGGUGGGGGGCUGAGCUCGCUGCUGAACGCGGAGGUGAAUAUCAGUGUGGUGUCCGGGGUGGUCUCCCCUCCGCACUUCCAGCAAACACAGUACUUCUUCACCGUGUCCGAAGAGGUGGCCAUCGGCACCAUCAUUGGCACCGUGUCUGCCCGCAACCCCCCAGGCCUGGCUGACGCCAUCCACUACUCUAUCUCGGGGGGUGACCCCGGCGGUUACUUUGCGGUGGAUGGCUCUGGGAGGCUGCGGACUGCGCUGUUGCUGGACCAUGAGGAGACUGCGGGGGUCUCAUUGGUGGUGCAGGCUCAGAGCGGCUCUCCGCCAGCCUACAGCACCACCCGUGUCACCAUCACCAUAGCCGACAUCAACGACAACUCUCCCGUCUUCCCGGUGCCGAGCGAGGCCAUCCUACUGGCAGAGGGCACGCCCGUGGGCACCGUCAUCUACACGCUGGUGGCCACCGACCGCGAUAGCGGUGCCAACGGACAGCUGCGAUACGAGGCAGUCUCAGGAGCCGAGGGCACCUUCAGUGUCGAGCGCAGCACUGGGCAUGUGCGGCUGAUCGGAUUGCUGGACUACCAGCAUGUGUCCCAUUACCAGAUCACGGUGCUAGCCAGGGACUGUGGUGUGCCCCCGCGCAGCGCCACCUUCACCCUCCUCGCCCACGUGAGGGACGGCACUGGAGACGCCCCUGCAUUUGACACGCUAACGUACCGUGUGGAGGUGCGUGAGGGCACGGCUCCAGGCACACGCUUCCUCCAGGUGCGCGCCAUGGGUACGGAGCGGACAGGUACAGCGGGCACCGGCUACACCCUCACCUACCACCUCCGCACUGACGGUGAUUCGGCUGCUUUCGGCAUUGCCCCCGACACGGGCUGGCUGUAUGUGCGGAGUGCACUGGAUCGUGAGCGCAAGGCACUGUACCGGCUCACCGUGGAGGCCUCCGGCAGCCAGCGUGGCAGGACGGGCACCGCCGGGGUCACCGUGACCAUCACUGAUGAGAACGACAACCCCCCCCGGCUCGGCGAGGAACGCUACUUCUUCACCGUCCGUGAGAACCAGCCACCGGGCACCCAAGUCGGCCGUGUCCUGGCGACCGAUCGGGACCAUGGCAACAACGGGCGGUUAGCAUUUCACCUGGUAUCUGGCAAUCUGCCCCUCCGCAUCCACCCACACACAGGAGAGCUCAGCACCAAGGUGAAGUUUGACCGGGAGCAGCAGGCGGCCCACCAGGUGACAGUGGUGGUCCAAGAUGGCGGCACCCCUCCUCGGAGCGCCAGCGGCACUGUGUAUGUCACCGUCCUGGAUGAGAAUGACAACGCACCUGUGUUUGCUCACAACAUCGUUGGGCACGAGCUGGUGUUCCAGGUUUCUGAAGGGAAACCCUCAGGUGUUGUGUUGGGCACUGUACAGGCAAAGGACCCAGAUGAAGGAGAGAACGGGACUGUGGUGUACUCUCUGUCAGGGCCCUGGGCUGAACGUUUCUCUGUGGAGCCGGUGUCGGGGGAGGUGAGGACAGUCACAACCCUGCGGCAGUCAGAGCGCAGCGAGUAUCAACUAAUCCUCACAGCCAAAGACCGGGGGCGGCCAGCACUCACCAGCUCCAGCACCCUGAGUGUCCAGGUGCUGAGCUCCUCUGCGGCCCCUUCGCCCCCAGUCAGCACGGUCCUGUUUACGGUGGUGGAGGGCACAGUGCCGGGCUCGCUGGUUGGCCAGGUGGGGCCGCGGGCAGUGGUGCCGGGGGGGGAGGUGACGUACGCGGUGCUGGAUGGCGAGGAUGCCGAGGGGCUGUUCCUGGUGGAGCGAGCGAGCGGCGCCGUGUUUCUGGGCCGGACCCUGGACUACGAGGAAGCCCCCAGCUACCGGCUACGGCUGGAGGAGACCGAGCUGGGCCCCGGCACCGCCCACACCCGCGUCAUCGUGGUGGACGUGCGUGUGCUGGACCGCAAUGAGCACGCUCCCCGCUUCCCCGCGGCCCUGCUGACCGUGAUCGUCCCCGAGAACUCCGCCAUUGGCACUUCCCUCUACACCUUCCAGGCAAGCGACCAGGACGGUCCCGGCCCCAACAGUGACGUACGCUUCUCCAUCCUCCGCCAGUCGCCGGCCGGUGACUACUUCCGGUUGGAGCCGGUGUCCGGCGUGUUGACGUGCCGGGCUCCUGUGGACCGCGAGCUGACACCAGGCUUCCUGCUGGUGAUCAGGGCCACGGACCAAGCGCUGAACACCAGCCAGCGUCUGGCCUCCACCGUCACCGCCCGGGUCUUUGUGACCGACCAGAACGACAACUCUCCGGUGUUUCGCUCACUGCCGCGGGUCGCGGUGUUGGAGGACCAGCCACUGCGCUUCGCCCUGCACCGCCUCGUGGCCACCGACCCCGACCUCGGCCAGAACAGCCAGCUCCGCUACCGGCUCAGCCACGGAAACACCGGCCAAGCCUUCCAGCUGGAGCCUGACACAGGGUUGCUGUCUAUAGUUAAGCGCCUGGACCGUGAAUCACAAUCGGACUAUAACCUGACGGUGUUGGUCAGUGACCAGGGCUCGCCCCCCCGCUCCGCAUCACAGCUGCUCCGGGUCCAGGUCCUCGAUGUCAAUGACGAGACCCCCACCUUCUCUCAAAGUAUGUAUACAGCCCAUGUGCUGGAGAACCAGCCGGCAGGAUCCAUACUGCGUCUGCUCGCUUCCGACCGUGACCAAGGUUCUAACGCGGAGCUGACGUACGGGGCAGUGACCAGCGACGCCUUCAUCAUCCACCCGAGCAGCGGCGACAUCCACACCCGCCGGGCGUUGGACAGGGAGCAGCAAGAGGAGCACAUUUUCACUGUGUAUGUGCAGGAUGGAGGGGAGCCACCCCGGUUGGCCACGGCGAGUGUGCUGGUCACGGUGGUGGACGAGAACGACAACGCUCCGAGAUUCCAGCCGGAUCUGCUCAGCCUCCAGCUCCCCGAGAACCAGCCCCCGCUCCGUCUCCACACCAGCCCUGCCAUUGACCUCGAUACCGGCUCCAAUGCCAGGCUCCACUACACCAUCACUGAGGGAGACCCGGACAGGGACUUUACCGUCGACCUGCUGACGGGGGAGCUGGCUACGCAGCGGGGGCUGGACCGGGAGCUCACUCCCUCAUACUCGCUGACCAUCAUGGCUAUGGACGGGGGUAGUCCCCCGCGUUCGGGGACACUGUCAGUGAGGGUCCGGGUGCUGGACGUCAAUGACAAUGCACCUGCGUUUGGUGAGGACACAUACACGGUUGAGGUGCCAGAGGACGCAGCAGUGGGCACACUGGUCCUGGCGCUCACCGCCACCGACCCUGACGAGGGCUCCAACGGGCAUGUGCGGUACCUGCUAACCAACGAGUCGCUGGGCAUGUUCCUGGUGAACGACGGGGGGAGGGUAACCACAGCUGCACCGCUGGAUCGUGAGACCAGAGCCUCUUAUCGUUUCCUGGUGCGGGCGGUGGAUUGUUCGCCCUCCGCCCCCCGCACGGCCACCGCGCGUGUGACAGUCAACAUCGGCGAUGUGAACGACCACGCUCCCUCCUUCCUCACCGACCCUCUCCUCCUCACCGUGUCCCGGUAUACCCCGGCCAACCAGCCGCUCGUCACCAUGAGGGCCGAGGACAGAGACGCCGGCCCCAAUGCCUCCAUCUUCUACCGUUUCUCCCGCCCGCUCUCCGGCUUCAGCAUCAACUCAUUCACUGGCGAGGUGCGGCUGCUUGGCUCGCUGGCCGCACUCAGCCGGGCCCAGCGCACGCUGCUCGUGGUGGCCACUGAUCAGGGCUCAGCCCCACGCUCCGCCACUGGCGUCGUCAUCAUCCGCCUCCAGGAGGAGAUCCACCACGGCAUCAGCUUCAGCCGCAGCCCAGACAUCACACUCCCCGAGAACCCAACGGCAGGGACUACCGUGGCCAGGGUCAGGGCGCAGUACCCCGAUGGCUCCACCAGGGGCAUCCUCUACAGCAUCUUUAGCGGCAACGAAGACAAUGUCUUCAGCAUCCGGCCCAACACAGGUGAGAUCUUGGUGCGGGAAGGUUCUAGGCUGGACUAUGAGCGGAGGGCGAGGCUGCGCCUGGUAGUGAAGGCAGAGGCUUCGCUGUCCUUCAGCUACACAAAUGUCAGCCUGAACCUACAGGACGUCAAUGACAACUCUCCCCGCUUCCAGCUCCAGCACUACACAGCCUUCAUCUGGGAGGCCCAGCGCUACAGCUCUCCCAUCACACAGGUGUUGGCCAAUGAUGAGGAUCAGGGAGCAAAUGGGCAAGUGACAUACGCGAUUGCAGGCUCCACCCAGAGUGGCCUCUUCACCAUCAACCCCCAGAACGGGGCCAUCAGCACCUCAGCCAUCAUGGACAGGGAGAUCUGGGCACAGACAGUAUUGAAGCUGACGGCAACAGAUCGGGGUUCCCCUCGGAUGGUGGGCACAGCCACCCUGACAGUGGUCAUUCUCGAUCUCAAUGAUAACAGCCCCACCAUCCCUCUCCCCCGAGAGAUCCGUGUGCCUGAGGACCUACAGGUAGGGACGGAGAUCACACGUGUGACGGGGAACGAUGUGGACUCGGGGCCGGGGCUGGCCUACGAGCUGUUGGGUGAUGUUGAGGUCUUCAGCGUGGAGCAGUACCGGGGUGGCAUCUCCCUUCGCCGUCCCCUGGACUUCGAGCGCCGCAGUGCCUACCUCCUCACCAUCCGCUCCUCCGACUCCCUACACAGCAGCCAAGCCAACCUGACCAUCCUGGUGCAGGACAUCAACGACAACCCACCCUCCUUCGUCAGGGACCUGUACCAGGUGAUGUUACCAGAGAACACUGUGUCCGACACAGUUGUCGUCACUGUCACUGCCACAGACAGAGAUUCCGGGAACAAUGGCAAGAUUACUUACCGGUUGAUGGCUGCGAGUGCUGAUGGCUUCUCCAUCGACCCCCAUAAUGGGACACUGUUCACAGAGGGGAGCCUGGUGUUUGGCAGCAAUCCUGUCGUGCGGGAGGUGGUGAUCGAGGCUUGUGACGGUGGCUCUCCGGCACUCUCGGCCUUCACCACGGUGCAGAUCCAGGUGACGGAUGUGAACGACCAUGCACCGGAGUUCAGCCAGGCCGGCUACACCGCACGUGUGCGGGAGGACCUGCUGCCUGGCACCACCGUGCUCAGCCUAGAGGCCAUGGACAGCGACCGGUCACCGGAGAACGCCGGGCUGGACUACGCCAUUGUUGGCGGCAACACUGGCAACGCUUUCCAGCUCGCGAGCGGCGUGCGGGCGGGGACAGCCGGCCGCCCUGUGGCGGUGGCCUGGCUGGUAUUGACCGAGAAGCUGGACUUCGAGACCGUCCGUUCCUACAACCUGACUGUGUCGGCCACGGACCGAGGGGUACCUCCACGCCGGGCCGCCGUGUCCGCCCUACUCACCGUGCUGGACACCAACGACAACCCGCCCGUGUUUGAGCGGAGCCGGUACCGGGCGGCACUGAGCGAGGCGGCCCCGGUGGGCAGCGAGGUGGCCAGGCCGUGGGCGCGGGACGCCGACACGGCGGGCAAAGGGGGUGCGCUGCGCUACGCCAUCACCUCGGGGGACGAGGGGGGGCUGUUUGUGGUAGAGCCGGGCAGUGGGGCGGUCAGGCUGGCCCGGCCCCUGGACCGGGAGUGCCGGGCGCGCCACGUGCUCAUCCUGGAGGCCAGUGAUGCCCAGGGCGAGGGUCCUGGUGCCAAGGGCCCCGGUGAUGCUGGCGGCCACACAGCUCUGGUGCCCCUCACCGUGGAGGUGGGAGAUGUCAAUGACAACCUGCCUUUCUUCCCACUGCCUCGCCUGACCGUCACGGUGCCCGAGAACCAGCCUCCCCACACCCUGGUCACCCGGCUCCGUGCACUGGACAUGGACGCCGGGCUGUACGGGCAACUGUACUACUGGCUGGGCCCAGGCCCAGGCCCCGGGAUGGCGCUGGGGCCUGACUCAGACCCCGGCCUAGGCCCAGGCCUCGGCGCCUUCUACCUCAACAGCAGCACGGGCGAGCUCCGUACGCUGCGGCCGCUGGACUACGAGAGGCUCGGAGCCUACCGGCUGCUGGCCUGGGCCCGGGACCCCGGCAACGCCUCGGCCUCGAUGACGGUGAGCGUGCUGGUGGCCGGGGAGGACGAGUACCAGCCCGUGUUCGGCCAGGAGACCUACAGCUUCUCGGUGCCGGCGGGGGCCCGGCGCGGGCAGCUCAUAGGCCGGGUCCAGGCCUCGGACGAGGACGGCGGUGCGGACGGGCAGCUGGUUUACUCGCUGGCCGAGGCCUCGCCGUACUUCCGAGUGGACCAGGCCACGGGGGAGCUGCUGCUGCGGGUUGACAGUGGCCCGAGGCCCCGGGAGGACGCGGAGGCCGAGCCUCAACCCCCAGAGCAGGCCCGAAGCAUGACGCUGAAUAUCCAGGCCCGCGGGCCGCUCCCCGGCUCCCGCUCCGCCUCGUCCCUGGCCACCGUGGACGUGACGCAGACCACCUUCGGGCUGGAGCCCGAGGCGAGGCCCGGGGCCGGGCGGCUGCUGAUGGUGGCGGCGCUGGCGGCCUCGCUGGGCGGCGGCGGGAUCCUGGCCGCCCUGGGGCUUGCGCUGGUGGUGCUGCGGGCUCGGCGGCGCCGGGAGCUGCCGCCGGGGGAGAAGCGGGCGGGCCAGGCCGAGGAUGAGGAGACGCUGAGGAAGGUCGGCCCGAAAGCGGGCCUCGCCUCUCAGCAGCAGCAGCCGCCGCCGCCGCCACCCGAGCGGCUGUACCACCAGGCGCUGCCCGGCUACCCCGAGCCGCCGCCGCCCGUCACCACCUACACCCGCGGCGGCUCCAUCGACCCGUCGCACUCGAGCGGCCGCGGCUCGGCGGACGCGGCUGCCGAGGAGGACGACGACGAGAUCCGGAUGAUCAACGAGCACCCGCGGGCGGCCAGCGCCUCCUCGGCCUCGCCUCACGGCCACCCGGGCACCCGCGGCCCCGACUCGGGCAUCCAGCAGGACGCCGACCGCCUGUCCGACACCUCGACCGAGGCCGCCUCCGACUGGUGCCGGCACCGCAAGGGCCUCGGCCUCGCUCCGGGCCCCGUGCCGCUGCUCGGCUUCAGGGAGGCGGGCACGGCCCGGGCUGGAGACCCCGGCUUCACCCUGGACGGUAGGCCCGAAGCCGCGGGCUCGCUUACGGCCAUCGUGGCGAGCGACGAGGAGCUGCGGGGCAGCUACAGCUGGGAUUACCUGCUGGACUGGAGCCCGCGCUUCCAGCCUCUGGCCUCGGUCUUCACCGAGAUUGCGCGACUCAAGGACGAGAGCGGCCCCCGGGCCCGAGGCUCCAAACCCCCGCCGGAGCCCCGCAUCGACCCGCCGCCGCUCAUCACUGCCGUCGCCCACCCCAACGCGAUGUCGGUGCCGCCGCGCCCGGCCCCGGCCGCCCUGCUCCUGCACCCGGGCCUCAGGCCUCACCCGCUCCCCGGCCUCGGCCCCCGCUCCCCGCUCCCCGGCCGGGCCUCGGCCUCGGCCGCCAUGUCGCCCAGCUUCUCACCCUCGCUCUCCCCGCUUGCCGCACGCUCUCCCGCCGCCUCCCCCUUCGACCCCAGCAGCCGGCCUCCCCCGCUGCUCUCUGCCGGGGAGCCGGUCUGAUAGCACUCAGCUCCGGCCUCGGCCUCGCCUGACUGCUCGCCCCCCGGGUUUGGUGUCGCACAGGUCAGCCAGAGGGGCCCGACCCCACAACCAUACAUACAUACCCGUCCCCACCCCUCACACACACACACACAGCCACACACACACACACAGCC